AUGGAUGGCUUUGUGGAGUACUUUGAUUAUUUCAACUGUGAUGAGGGAAGUUUACUGGAUUUAAGAAGGAUGGUGAAACAGUUAUGGUUUUGUGAUAAAAAGGUCCAGUUCUGGGUUAAGGUUAAAGGUAUUACAAGAAGAAAAAAAACUGAAGUGAGGAAAGUGAGCACAGAUGCUGAGAUUUUAUUGCUUAAUUUAGAGGUUCCAACAAACAAGGAAUUGGAAAUUUAUGUUGAACAUCUCUAUGAUGAUCAAUGGGAUUAUGAAGUAGAGAUAUCUAGGUCUUUGGGAGAUGAUGCACUAUUCAGUGAUGUCCAAGAAGAGGGUAGUGAACAACAAUCUGAGAGGGAAGUGGAGGGUCCAGAAACUGUGUUUGAAGAAGUUGAGGUAGAGGUGAAUGGUCCUACUUCUAAGGGGGUGGAAAAUGAGGUUGAGGUAGAUGUGAAUGAAGUUGAUUGUGGACAUUCUGAAGAAAUUUUUAGGAGUUUAGCUGAUUCAGAUUCUGAGAGGGAUUUUAAUGAUUCUGAGACUGUGUUCCAAGAAAGAAACCUGAAAAAGGAAGGCUUCAAGUUUGUUUUGGGAAUGAUUUUUCAAUCUGCCUCUGAAUUUAAGUGGGCUGUAAAGUAUCAUGAGGCAUUGAGAAGAAAAGAUGUGAAAUUUGUAAAGAAUGAGGGCAGAAGAGUUAGGGCCUGUUGUAGACACAAUGAUAUUUGCAAAUGGACAAUUUUUGGGUCUAGAAGCAAUCCUAGGUGUCCAUUUCAAAUUAAGACAUACAACCCUGAACACACAUGUGGAGACCAAGAUGAAAACAAGACAGUUAACUCAGGUUUUCUUGCAAGAUUGUACAAGGAUGACUUUAGAUUGAAUAUGGACUGGGGAAGGAGACAGUUUCAAGAGCAUGUCAAGCAAAAGUUACACUGUCAGGUUACAAAACAUCAAGCUUAUAGGGCUAAGCAUAAGGUUAGAAAGGAGCUGGAAGGUCAAGAUUCUGACCAAUUUAAGUUGCUGAAUGAGUACUGUCAGGAAUUAAAGAGAAGUAAUCUUGGGACUACAGUUAAGAUGAAACAUGAUGCUGAAUUCUGUGUUAAUGGCAGACCUAGAUUUCUGAGGUUAUAUAUCUGCUUUGCAGCUUGCAAAGAAGGCUUUCUGACAGGGUGUAGACCUUUUUUUGGGUUGGAUGGCUGUCAUUUGAAGGGUUGUCAGAAGGGAGGGCAACUUUUAAGUGCUGUUGGUGUUGAUGGAGAUAACUGCAUGUUUCCUAUAGCCUUUGCCAUUGUAGAGGGAGAAUUGAAGGAGAGUUGGUCAUGGUUUUUAGAGCAGCUGGACAGUGAUUUGAAUAUAUCAAGUAACCCUCAUGCAUGGACCAUAAUUUCAGAUAAACAAAAGGGCUUGGUACCUGCUGUUGAGGAGUUGUUUCAUGGGGUCGAACACAGAUUCUGUGUUAGACAUAUGCAUGCUAACUUUGUGAAGGAUGGAUUUACAGGAAAUGUUUUGAAGCAAAAGAUGUGGGCUGUGUGUAAAGCAACAACAGAGGCAGAAUUUAAGAGGAACAUGGAGGAGUUAAAGUUAGAAAAUGAAAAAGCUCCUGAGUGGUUAGCUGCUAGAGAUCCUAAGCACUACUGUAGGGCAUUUUUUAGCACAUUUCCAAAGACUGAUAUGCUUUUGAAUAACUUGUGUGAGUCAUGGAAUGGAACUAUUCUGAGUUUAAGGGACAAGCCUCUCCUAACAAUGUGUGAUAAGAUUAGGCUAUAUCUCAUGGGUAGAAUGCAAAAGAAUAGAGACAAAAUGAAGACAUACCCACACAAAAUCUGUCCCAAAAUAGCUAAGUUGCUUGAAGAGGCUAAGGAUAGGUCAGCUAGGUAUAGUACAUACAAGUCACAUGAUAAUUUAUACCAAGUUGAUGAUCACAACUUUAAGGCCUUCAAGGUGGAUUUAGCCCUAAGACAGUGCAGUUGUAGAGGAUGGGAUCUUACUGGAAUUCCAUGCAGUCAUGCUGUGGCAGCUAUUAGGAAACAGAGACAAAGCCCCGAAGAUUAUGUCCACCAAUGCUAUACAGUUGACACUUAUAUGAGAGCUUAUGAACCUGCCAUAUUGCCUAUUCAGUCUUCAGAUUUAUGGCCUAAAGUUGAUCUUCCAGCCCCACUCCCACCCAAAUAUAAAGCACAACCGGGUAGGCCUAAGAAAAAGAGAAGGAUUGACCCACUUCAAGAGAAAGAGCAACAAAGAACUCAAGUUAGAACAAAGAAAUUAGGGGAGGUCAAGAGGUGCAGAGUAUGUGGACUCACAGGGCAUAAUAAGACUACAUGCAAGGCUAAAAAUCCACAGGUAUCUCAACAGGUUGGUUUGGAAAAUCAGAAUGAUGAAAGUGAAGCCGAGGUUGAGGUUGAAGGCCACAAUGAUGUUGAAGGCCAGUUUGAAGACAUACCAGUUGAAACACAAGUCCCUGCAUUUGUACUUGAUGAAAUGGGAUCUCAGGAGGCAGUGGGAUCUCAGUCAUCACAACCACUGCACAACCAUGCCCCACAGGUGUCUACUUUUAUUUCUUCACAAACAACAACUUCAACUGCUGAUGAAGAGCUGCUUAGAAUUGGCCUUAGAAGCAGGACUCUAGCUGCAAUUCAGAGGUUGGGCAGGCCUGGAAAACUGUACCUGAUUAGAAAGAAACAAUGA